AAUGUAAGAGGGAAAGCUGGUUUUGAAGAGCUUCUCAUCAUUAUUGGUCUUUAAUUAUGCAGCAUCAGUUAUUUAAUAGUUAUGUGUUUGUUUUCUCCACAGUAUUUAAUAUUUUUUAGUAGGAAUUUAAUUUAUGUAUCUCUGAAGAUCUCUGUUUUUAUUUGUUUCCUGUUGGUCUAGUUUGUUUUGUUUUGUUGUUUCGGAUCUGAAACCAAGUCUAGAUGCUGUGACACUGCGUGUGUGUGUGCGUGUGUGUGUGUGUGUGUGUGUGUGUGUGUGCGCUCGUGUGCACAUACCUAUGCAACUUGAUGGGAGUUCCAGAGACACUUGACGACAGCUUUUCCCUGGCACAGACAUCCAACACACACACACACACACUCUCAUACACACAGAUAUAGACACAUAUACCGUAGUUCUAUAAGGAGCAAGGUCGUGUGUGUGUGUGGGGGGGGUUAGGGGCAGAGCUCUAUAGAAUUUCUUUAAAUUGUAUUAUGAAGGCCAUUUAGAUAGCAGAGCCUCAACUGCUGUCGUUUUAUAGAGUGUGUGUGGAUAAUAGGGCAGAUUUUCUAAGUUAGUUUUGUGUUGUGUGUCUCGAAGAGUGCUCAGGUUGGGCAUCCCAAGGGUGUCUCACGCCCCCCAGUGGCCAGAAAGAGACCUACAUAGGGAUGGGACAGUCUCACCAGCCUCUCCACCUGACACACACAGACAGGAAGAUAAACUCUAGAGAGAUUAUAGUAGCGUUAUAAUUUAUUUCAUGGAAAUUAGGGAUUUUACACUGUUUGUCGAUUUUAUACUUGAACAUUUUCUUAAGAGAGAAACGUGUCAAGUGGACGUUUUAUUUAUCGGAUGCACAGUGGACUGCAUAUUCUACUGACACCACUGACAAUGUAUUUUUACAUUCUCAUGUUCAGAGGAAAUUACCAUUUAAGAAUGGAAUAAAAUAAAUCUUCCAAACAGGAAUAGUGUUGUCUCCUUUUAGCAUGUAAUGAAUAGAGACUGUGUGGAAUGGAAGCCUGAACUCUUGCUCACCAGACACACAAACACACACCCCUGGACUUGCCUGGAUGCCUUAACUCCUGCUCAUAAGACACACACACACCACACCUGUGACAUUCUCACAGUCUCAAGAUUCAAUUGAAGGUUCUAGAACCCUUGCUUUAUGACCUAGAAUGUCUGCAAUCACAACUCCUUUUCAUCUUUCUCCCCAAGUUUUUAUGUUUUUAUUUUUAGUUCUUAGCACACACUUUUGUCUAGAGCAGUGGUUCUCAAACUGUUCUCUAAAGGUUUUUAGUCACAGGUUGCCAUUGACAUGAUGCCUUUGAUGUUGACAUAGCCUACCUAUAAGAGAAGACAUUUUCUGCUUCUGCUUCCAAUGCCCAUCUCACAGCAUUUCGAAAUUCCGCUUGUUAGAGAGAAGGGGGUCGCGAGACUUGGCCCAUGUUUUUGGGCUGGUCGCCAGACAAAACGUUUAAGAACCACUGGUCUAGAGCAACUUACAAUGGCAUAAAACUCUCUAAUAUUCAAAGCGAAAAAUGUGCUGCUGAGUUUGUGUACUAGCCAUACUGCUGAAGUAGGCUAGUCCAGCCUGGUGAGACAGGCCAGGAUCUGUCGGGGAUGGUAGAGGUUGUGGCAUGUGCUUUCAAGAUGUAUUGCCAAGGGACAGAUGAUGCGAGCCAGCUUUGGCAGGGUGUGCGUGUAUGUUUUACACAAGAUCAGAUAAUGUUAAAUGCAAUGACAUUCUACUGCCGUUCCUAAAGUUUCCAUUGUGUUUCCGUGAGCAUGAUUCAGAAUAUGAUUUAAUAUCUCUAUUUCCGUAGUGGGCCGAGGGCGGCCAAAAUAAACCGAAUAUAAGAGAUAAGAAUCUACUGCGCCAUCGCCUUUGACGUUUAAGAAAUCCGGACAGCCACAGUAGUCUAGAAAAUAUAUAUCAGUAAUUGCCAUAUUGUUGAAGGGCGUCUGUCUGCGCGGGAGCAUAGGCUACGCAUGAAUUUGACAUCAUAAUGGUGUUGGAUUUGAAUGGAAUUUGAAUUUCAGCUCGGACGGGUGUGCGUAAACAGUUUGACGAGUGCGCUCAGGUAAACGGAUGGAUUCGGAGGAGAGCACCGUGUCGUUACGGCAACAGAACGAUCAGCUACGGCAAGAGAAUGAGUACCUGAAGCUGACGCUGGGUCUUCUGCGGGAGAAUCAGACCCUCCGGUCCAAACUUUACGGCACCGACCCGUCCACUGCCCACGGCCCGCUAGAAAAGGUCAGUGCUGUGACCUGGGAGGACACGCUGGACGAUGGCUGCUUCACCAUUGACCUCCUGAAGGCUCCUCACAGGACCUCGUCUCCCUUGGAGACCACCACGGCCAAGAAGUCCGCACUGAAGAGCCCGCACCUGGACAAUGACCAGCAGGAGAGCUACCUGCCGCAGGUGAAAGUAUGUGUGUGUGCAUGUGUGCCUGUUUGUGCGUCUGUGUGUGUGUGUGUGUGGUCAUACCCAGAGCGGCUGGUCGGUGAGAUAGCGUUCCAGCUGGACCGGAGGAUUCUGGGUAACGUGUUCCAGGAGCAGCACCGACUCUACGGCUUCACAGUGGCCAACAUCCCCGACAAGAUCAUACAGGUGUGCACCCACCCUGUGAGUGGUAAAGUGGACGAGUCUCUGCGGACGCGUCUGACGGGCCAGUACCAUGCGCUGCUCGAGCGGUUGGGCCGUUUUGGCUACAAUGCCGGACGCCACGCGUCCUUUGCUGAGUUCAUGGUGAACACCUACGGAAUCCUGCGGCAGCGGCCGGACCCACGCAGCGCCCAGAACAGUUGCUAUGGAAACCCAGCGUCCCUGCAGCGCCUGGUGGUCAACACGGUGCCCUCCACCCUGCUCAAGGACGCCCUGCUGCUGCACACCUGCCUCUGUUACCUGGCCGAGCAGGAUGGGAAACCCCUUUUCCUGUGGUAGCCACGCCUCUUCCUGUGGUAGCCACGACUCUUCCUUUGGUGGCCAGACCUCUUCUCGUGAAAACCACACCCUUUAUUGGGAUAGCCACAUCUGUUUCAGUGAUAGACAUCUUCCAGCAGUGCUGGUUACACCCCCACAUAGACAUCAAACUUUUACACAUGCAUUAGCGCAUAUACUGUAACUGUUGAAAUAACUGUUCACACUUACACACACUCUUGCCCUCUCUCUCAGACACACACACAAAUUCCUGAUCCAACAGUGUUUAUUCUUUUGCUCACUCACACUCACUCCCUUUGUAGCAUGGCCAGGUGUGAGAGGGGGUUAGAAACCAUUCUAAUAAAACCUCAUCUCAAACCA